AUUGUUCUCAACCACAGAAUUGUUUUAAAUUUUUUUUCCUAAAGCCAAUAAUAAAUAUACGUUGAAGAAUAUUUUUUUAUAAUAGAAAUUGAAUCAUGAAAUUUAGUCAUGUUGAAUUUAUUGUAAUAUAAUAUUGAGCGACUGGUCUGCUCUCUACAUGAAUAGUUCUGAUUUACUCAAUGAAAUUCUUCUGUUUUCUGUUAUGAUUAUCUAAAAUUUCUAAAGUCUGAAGUUGUGAAGUGUUUUAGGUUAGAUAAUACAAAGUGAAAAUAUAAAUUUGUUGUUUCUUGCACAUUGAUAAAUUAUGAUACUAUGUGAAACUUUAAUGAAUUGUUUCUAGGUCUAAAGAAAUGUGAGGCAAACAUUUGUAUUCUGAAAAAACGGAGUAACAAAAAACAUAGGUAGACUAGAGAUCACCUCUUGUGUUCAAAAUUUAUUAGUAGAAAAUGUACUUAUCCAACGAAUGCUAACAGCUCAAAAACUAAUGAUUCUGUCCGUUUCAUUGACAUUCCAAUCUGGUUUCUUUUAAGAGGAUAGGGACUGUGAUAAACUUUUGUUUUAAGGCAUGAUAACCCUCACAAGAAAACUGAAAACAGAUGCGGAAGCUCAAAAGAGUGGAAGCACUCCCAAUAGACGUGUUUCAGUUCGAGACAAACUUCUAGUAAAAGAGGUGCAAGAAAUGGAGCAAAUGUUACCAAACACCUGCAAAGUGAAGUUCGACGAUCCUCACUGCUUACACGAGUUCUCGCUGAUAGUCGCUCCCGAUGAAGGUUAUUGGCAAGGCGGCAAAUUCGUAUUCCGUGUCAGCGUUAGUGAAGAAUACAAUAUGGCACCUCCCAGCGUAAAGUGUUCAACGAAACUGUGGCACCCGAACAUAAGUGAAGAAGGAGACAUCUGCCUGAGUCUACUGCGCCAGAACUCGAUCGAUGGCCUAGGGUGGGCGCCGACGCGCCGUCUCAAAGACCUCAUCUGGGGAUUGAACUCACUUUUCACGGACCUGCUAAACUUUGAUGAUCCUCUCAAUAUAGAAGCUGCUGAAUUGUAUCUUAAAGAUCGAGAUCAGUUUAGGAAUAAAGUCAGGGAAUACGUUACUCAAUUUGCAAGAAGAUGAUGCUUCAAAUAAAAUUCUACACUACCAUUAGGUUCUAAUAUUGAAAUACAUACUGGAAAUGCUAAAAAUUAAUAAUUGAUAUUUCAUAAAUAUAAGAAUAUCCGAUUUUCUUUCCAAACUGGUUAUUGUACUUCUGUUUUCAAGUUGUUUAAUAAAUUAAUGUUUGUGAAUACA